ACUUCAAUCAACAGCGAAGCACCUCCUAGGGCCGAUAUGCACAAUAUAGUCGUGCUCGGGGCUAACUUUGCCGGCAUUCCAGUCACCCACUACCUUCUCCGCCAUGUCCUCCCGCCUCUCAACUCAAUGGGAGUUGGCACCUACAAAGUCACACUCGUCUCGCCAUCCACUCGCUUCUUCUUCAAAGUCGGAGCUCCGCGAGCCCUCACCUCUGCCGAAGCUGUCCCACUAGAUCAUUCAUUCCUCUCUAUCCCGGAAGCCUUCAAGGACUACAAUCCAUCACACUUCACUUUCAUCCAAGGCGAGGCUGUUGGAAUCGAUGAGGUCGGCAAGAGGGUGAUUGUGACGCAGCCUAUGGAUGGGUUAACCACCGACUUGGAAUACGAAUCUCUCAUCAUCGCUACUGGAACCACGAGCAAGAGCGCUCUCUGGACACUCCACGGAGACUACACCAUCACCCGAGACGCCUUCAAAGAUCUACACGCUCGUCUUCCGAAAGCCCAGCGGAUUGCCAUUGUAGGUGGCGGGCCAUCCGGGGUCGAGACAGCCGGGGAGAUCGCAUACCGCUUCAAAGACAGAGACAUCACUCUUCUAUCCGGCACGACUCGUCUUCUCUCCAAUCUGAAGAACACAGGUGUCAGCGCAACGGCGGAGAAGAAACUCAAGGCCCUCAAUGUGAGCAUCGUUCAUGGAUUGAAAGUCCUCUCUUCCAAGGAAAAUGCGAGCGGCAAAACGAUUCUGGCGCUCAGCGAUGGGAAUACCGAAGAGUUCGAUCUUGUCAUCGAUGCCACGGGCGGUCAACCCAAUUCCAGUUUCCUUCCGAUCGCAUGGCUGGACGAGCGGCUUCGUGUUGGUACUGAUACGACAACUCUCCGCGUUCUCGAGGCUCCAGCGGGGGUAUAUGGCAUCGGAGACGUUGCUUCGUACUCAAGAGGGAACAUUCUCGAUGUGAGAGAUGCGGUCGCACCGCUCUGCUACUCAGUGUGGUUCGAUUCGUACCAGCUUGCUGUCGCGGCACGGAAGAAGGACGGCAAGGAAACGGGAAUGACGAUGCCGCAGGUCUUGAAGGAAAGCAAGCUCAAACUCAUUGAGUCUGACAUGCAAGUCGUUCCUAUUGGACCAGAGGGCGGUGUGGGCGUUCUUUUCGGGUGGAGAGUGCCUAGUUGGGUGGUAUGGCUGCACAAGUCGAGGACUAUGUUCUUUGAGAAAGCACCUGGUUUGGUUGCAGGAGCAGACUACGUGAAGCCAUGAGUUGAAGGGCUUCGACAAAUCAUCGACCAAUGAACUUGAGUCAAAGGAUUCGGGCAGUCGGAUAGGUAGUUAGCCAGCUUAGAAAUGAAAGCACCUGGU